GUGUUAUCGUCUUAUUUAUUGGACCUAAGAAAGGAGGCGGGCCGCUGCUCACAAUCUUUAAAGCUAUUGUUUAGAAAUGCAACAAAUGCCCACUACUGACAGUGAAUGGCCAGCGACCUUGGCGGGAGACACAUAAUAUGUGUAAUUUGAAAUUUUAAAAGAGGUUGUGACUGGGGUUUAUAGUUGCGCGUGUCAUUGGAUUAGUUCAUGUGUUCAUAACUGUAAUUCAGAUAGUUUGAUGCAUCUUCCGUAAUUCAGAAGGGCUAGUGAUUUGACAGCAGUAAGUUACAAGGCAGAUCUGUUUGUAUUAUAGUUAAAAAAAUUGUUUCGUUUUUGUGCUAGACGUUAACUGUGAGAAUGGCUGCAACAGAAGGACCUCUGAACUUUGUUUGAGAAUAAGGCUCUCAGUAAGCCCAAGAAAGAUGAGAAGCGUCUGUCUGUGGAAAGGAUUUAUCAUCAGAAGACCCAGCUGGAGUAUAUCCUGCUACGGCCCGACACCUACAUAGGCUCAGUGGAGCAUGUUACUCAGCAAAUGUGGGUGUUUGAUGAGGAUGUGGGAAUGAACUGCAGAGACAUCACAUAUGUGCCAGGACACUAUAAGAUCUUUGAUGAGAUUCUGGUUUCAAAUGUUACUCCAAGCGCAUAACACAUUCAUCUUCAUAACACAAACGAAGAUAUUUAUAAUGAAACCUGAGAGGUUUCUGUCCCUCCAUUGGAAAUCAAUGAAACCCAAACUUUCAUAAACCAUGAAAAAUGGUUUCAGUGCUUAUCAUGGCGGAGAUACUGUUGACAAGAACCAAGAACACAGCAAUAUGCGUGAUUUGCAAUGCUCAGGCUCAAAGUCUGGAAAACAGACCACCCUCUCCUUCAAACCAGUCCAGAAGAAGCAGCAGCCCUGUUCUUCUGAGGAGGGAGAGUCUGAAUCUGACAUGGAGUUCAUCCAUGAGGAAGUGGCUCCAAGAGAGAAAAGAGAGCGCUAAGGUGUUUGUUGACUGGACAAAGAGCACUAAACAGAAGCGCUCUGUCAUUGAGGAUGAUGAGUUCUUCAACCCAGAACCCAGCGGUGCUCCUGAUAGUGACGUGGACUCCCCUCCUCCCCCACCUGUUGUAAUGCAAAGAGCUGGGAUGAUGAUGAAAGCUUUCAGUUGGAAGAGAAUAUAGUGACAUCUGCAGCUCCCAGGAGCCGAGCUGCACGUACCACCAAACCUGUGACCUAUGCUCUUGAUUCAGAUUCUGAUGACUAUUAAAUAUCCUGAAGUAGCCUGUGUUAAGUUUAUAAACCUUGAGGAAACAUUUAUACUUGCAGAAAGCCUGUUUCAUGUUGCCUAUUUUUUAAAGCGAUCUAUGACAAACUAGCCUCACAUGUUUGACCUGAUUUCUUAGUUUUUCUUUUUAUAACAUGUAACAACAUUAUUGCACAUUACCCUUCUUCAUUGUUGCUUUUUAUACAUAUUGUAUUGUCUUGUAAAUAUUUUAUGUUAAAUUUUGAGUGAGUGUUUGACUGGUUUUAUGAAUACACAUUUCUAAUCAAUUCCACAAAUGACUGAAAACUCUGUACUGUGGCAUCCACAGUAUUGAUUACAAUAUCUGCACGUUUUCAUUCUGAUCCUCACUGAGAACUCAAGUCUCUUAAUACCGAGGUAGAUUUAUGCACAUAAGCAAGAAACUGAAUUUAUAUAAAUUUAGAUUUGACAUCUGCACUGGCAACAGAUGUGACAUUAUUAGACUUGCAGUGAUUGUUUUGUGGCUUUUACUCCAUGCCCAUUAUAUGAUAACUCCCUUUUUCAUUUAGAUCUGUGAGGUGCUUAAUUAGUUAUUAAUAUACUAGUCAGUAUUUGAUGUUCUGAAAUAAUUUUAUGAAAAAUUAAAUGUAUAAAUGACUACUUGUCCAAGGCUUGUCUAACUUUAUGCAAAAAGGGAAACCAUGUUGUUGUAAUCACUAGGAUUGCGAGUCAAUAUAUGAAAAAUUCAACCAUCU